CUACUGCAACUAGAGGCCGUUACUAUGGAGAUAGUCGUAGUGAACUAAGCGGUAUCGUAUGAUGCAUGAUGAGGGGGCAAAUAGUAGAAUAGAGCCUGACGAUGGGAUGUUUGUUUGCCCUUCGUCCAGACUGUUUGGUUGACGUCAGUGAACGAUAUUGAACGAGAGGAUUACCGUCUGUGUUGCUCUCCAAGUUACAUUCUUGACAUACGGCUUUGAGGAGCAAGUGUCUUACUGAAGAAUUCGCAGAAUAUCAAGAUGUAUUCGGAGAUCUCCUUAUUUCGUCACCUUGCCUUUCUAUCAGUGAUAUUGCUCGCCCACUUGCAAGAAGGAACGAUCCCAAAUAGACAAAUUUGCUUAAUCAACCAACGUUGAUUAAACAGCAUCGAACUUACGCUAGCCGCUUAAAUAGCGCUUAACCAGCUUCCCGAUGGCCAUAUUCAAAGGGAUACAUGUUCUGCAUUUCGUUACAAUAAACAACUCGACUUGUGUGGUUUAUGAGCAUUCAUGUUUGUAAAUUGUAAAUGAAUAUAAUGUUUAAAUUAGUGAUGUGCUCUUUGGAGCGCACCUACGACUCCGAUCCGACUCCGGCCGAAUUCGAACCUCUAGUUCCGCCAGGAGUUGGAGUCGUCCGAAGUUGGAGUCAUUCGGAGUCCUCCAGAUCGAUAGGAGUCAACAGAAGCCGUCGGGUGCAAUGGGCUUGUGAUCAGGCAUUUCAUUUCGUUUUUUUUUGUGUUUCACUAUGCGCGUGCACUUCGUAUUUGUUUCGAAGCCCGACUCCGCUGACUCCGGACGACUUCGACACCAACUGAUUCCGGACGACUCCGAACGACCCCAAACAAGUCCGGGCGACUCCGAGCGAUUCCGAACUACUCUGGAUAAUGUUGGGCGGAUCUACCUUCCGGAGUCGAUUCCGAAAUUAUAGGAGUCAGAUCGGCGUCGACUCCGGUGUGUGUCAACUUUACUCAUCACUUGUUUAAAUAGUUUGCAUUUAAAUUCACAAUUACUCCUUGGAACGUUCUUAACGAUAGCAUUACAAAUCCUUCAUCGACCAUGAUCUUUGUACUAAACAGCCACGAAGUUCUAAAAAUGAUAAACGCAAGAUUAUUAAAAAGCGUCAAACUUCUAAAAAGUACCGUUUUAUCUCUUAAUCAGCCACAAAAUAUAAUAUCGGAACAAUGUUUCAAUACACAGCCCCAAAUCAGCCACAGAGUUCUGUUGGUGGGAAUUUGGCUAUGGUUACUGAGGACCGUUUUAUGUAUCUCUCUAGCCCGACUGUCUACUGGCUUUUAAGUAAUUCGCUACACUCCGUCCCAGGAGGUUGCACGAUCCGUACAUGGUUCAGUGAUCAGCGAUAGCGAAGGGAAACAGAUGAAGUGAAUUUUGCUCCAAAGAUUAACCGUGACGGUUUAUAAACAAUCAAUCGAUCGACUCGUCAACACUCACGGAUCACGGGGGCCACAUUAGCUGGGCAACCUAUUACAAACAUAACCAGCUAGUGCUAAGCACGCCGAUAAGAGCAAUCGAUCUUUAUGCUCCAUAUGGCGCACAGGGAUGUCUCUAGAACGAUUUACAAGCACCUCCCCGUCUCGCAAGCUUACACCCAAUGCACUUACUGCACUUCAACACCACUUGGACGCGUGCUGCUGUCAAACACCAGUUGCACCAUACAAAGACAGUAACCAACAAACCUAGAAUGCUCUUGCACGGAAGCCUUUCGCGAUUGCAUUAUCAUGUUGCCCACACUCACCCGCCUGUUCGCUCGCUCGCUCGCUGCUUAUCGAGUGCAGCGAUCGAUGUUUACAAGCACCCGAUGACUGCUGUGGGGCCUACAUUAGCCAGCUCUCUGAUACGGGGCCGGCUUUAGCAUUUCCGCGGCACAGCUAGCGCGCCCGGUCGGGCUUAAUCCGCACUAUGCUGAUCGUACUGAACAGUCGAUUUUUCGCGAGCUUCAUCGAGCGACGGUUGCAGACGCUCGUGGAGUCCUUCACCGACGAACAGGACGCGCAGCCGACCGUACCCGUACCCUUCCUAGAACGAGCCGGCGCUAAGUGUUUCACCCUUAUGCUCUCCACAGCGCGCACCGUUGCGGCGUCGAGCUCGAGCCGGCUGCACUCCCCCGUUGCCUGGAGCCGCAAGUCCGUGCAGGAGGGCUACUACGAUCUCGAGGCGGGCGAAACGGAACGAACGCCCCUGCUGUACGUGCGGGACAAUGGACGCUACCGGGCGAAGAGCCUGCACCGUACCAACGAUCCGAACCGGGUGCAUCCGGUCGCACUGGGGCUGAUGGUGGCGCUGCUCGUCUUCCUGCUGAUCGGUGUCGUGAUCGGUGUCUAUCUGCUGCUGCUGACGGUUCAACGGCCCUGGCCCGUAUCGCAUCCGUUCUUUUUGGUCGAGCGACCCGCCUGGUGGCAGUAUCCGGUGGCGCUCGAGGCGGCCACCCUCGACCGGCUCGCUGUUACGAACGUGAUCGUGCUGCACACCGACUCGGAGGAUUGUCUGGAUCAGGAGCGCUGUGUGCGCUAUCUGCAAAACACCGAGCGGAGCUGCUGGGCAGCACGGCGUGACCACAUCCCGUACAACUUCUUGAUCGGCGGGGACGGUGUGACGUACGAGGCACGCGGCUGGAAGAGUCAGCACGGGUUCGUUGAUCUGCCCGGCCGCAACACAACGCUCGUGGUGGGCAUGAUCGGCAACUUCACCGACCGUCAACCGGCGGAAGUACAGUACGCCGAGCUGAAGGCAUUCAUCACCGAGUCGAUUCGGCGGCUUAGCCUCUCGCCCCAGUACCGCCUGCACGGAGCGGUCAAUGCAACCCGACCCUCGCAAGACAGUACAAUCGCGCUGUACAGUCAGCUGGAGCGAUGGCUACACUGGAAGGGGUUCGUCGCUCGCGAUCAACCGUGAUCAUCGUUUGCGCCAUUUUCGGACACCGCAGAAGUACACUGCGCUGCACUUUCUGUGGGACAUAUUUUAUUAGGCCAAAAAGCUGUGUAGAGGUUUUCCUUGUACCCGAUAGGCACACAAGUACAUCUCCGUGUCGUUCUUGCCAUAUACAUAUAUAUUCUGACUUUCUUCCUUGGUUUUGUGAGUGUGUGGUCCCACUAAAAUCAACCUAACUCCGCGGGGAUGGGUCCGGGUUCGGGUAGCUCUAAAAGUAUUACACUGUGCCUAAUGCUAGACGCCAUUCUGUGGCGUGCCUUAUACGUUUCGUGGCCAGAAAACGCACUCGAAUACACACUCGAAAAACUUCACUCACUUAAGGAAAAAGUAGGGAAAUUAACAAAACAUGGGGCCGAUAAGAAAAACACUGUGAAAAUAGUAUAUAAAACCAACGAAACGAUAAAAAGAAAAAAGAGGAAAAUACACAAAAAACGAAGUUUAACAGCUACCAA